AUGGAGUCUCAGCUGGAAUCAUUUCAUAAUCAUCUAGUUCUUUUGGGUGGUUUUUAUGUCUCAUGGAAGAUCAUUACUGGUAUAUUGAACAGCAAGAAGAUGGCAAAGCAACCUGUUAAGGUUCUAGUAACUGGUGCUGCAGGACAAAUAGGUUAUGCUUUGGUUCCAAUGAUCGCUAGAGGUGCUAUGUUAGGACCUGAUCAGCCUGUGAUCAUACACAUGCUUGAUAUUGAACCAGCAGCUGAGGCCUUGAACGGUGUAUCCAUGGAAUUGAUUGAUGCAGCUUUCCCUCUUCUUAAAGGUGUUGUAGCUACAACAGAUCCUGUUGAAGCUUGUAAAGGAGUGAACAUUGCUAUUAUGGUUGGUGGUUUCCCCAGAAAGGAAGGAAUGGAGAGGAAGGAUGUAAUGUCCAAAAACGUGUCGAUUUACAAAGCGCAGGCUUCAGCUUUGGAACAGCAUGCUGCCCCUGGCUGCAAGGUGCUUGUGGUUGCGAAUCCAGCAAACACCAAUGCACUCAUUUUGAAAGAAUUUGCGCCUUCAAUCCCAGAGAAAAACAUCACUUGCCUAACAAGACUUGAUCACAACAGAGCAUUAGGCCAGAUUUCAGAAAGGCUGAAGGUUCAUGUCAGUGAUGUUAAGAAUGUGAUCAUUUGGGGGAAUCAUUCUUCAACUCAAUUUCCAGACGUUAAUCAUUCUACUGUAAAAACCGGCAAGGGCUGGAAAUCUGUUAGAGAGCUUGUUUCUGAUGACAAAUGGUUGAACACAGAGUUCAUUACCACGGUUCAACAGCGCGGCGCAGCCAUCAUCAAAGCUCGAAAGCUCUCCAGUGCGCUGUCUGCUGCAAGCGCGGCUUGUGAUCACAUCCAUGAUUGGGUUCUUGGCACCCCAAAGGGAACAUGGGUAUCAAUGGGUGUUUACUCUGAUGGAUCUUAUGGCAUACAACCUGGCCUAAUUUACUCUUUCCCCGUGACAUGUGAGAAAGGAAAUUGGUCAAUUGUGCAAGGUUUGAAGAUAGACGAAUUUUCAAGGGCCAAAAUGGACGCAACAGCAAGAGAGCUGAUUGAGGAAAAAUCUUUGGCUUAUUCAUGUCUCAAUUGA